ACAGUGAUUUUUUAUUUAAGAAGUAACAAUUACGGUCGAGAAUUUCAGUUAUUUUUAGUGUUCACUUCAUUUAUUCAUUCGUCACCGGUUACCAUCGCAUCAUCACUUGCCACUAUGGUCUCUCUAAACAAAUGGACUUUCAAUGAAGAAUAUGCAAUGGUUCGUUCUCGUCUCCUGGAACAUGGGAUGGAUUAUAAGUUUAAUCGUUUACGAGACGAUGACCUUGGCAUAUGGGAAAUUAUUUCUCAAGAAGCAAUUCUCGUAAACGGGAAAAAAGACGCUACGAUGUGCCGGGACCGGUUCUUCGACAUCAUUGAUGAUUUUUUGGUUUAUUUUAACAUGCCAGACAGGCAACGAAUGUCGGUGAACUUGCCUGCACAUUACAUGCUUUUUCAAUAUUACCUCACUCAAUGUGAUGCAGUUUUUUAGAAAAAUUGGGUUGAGUAAAAAUUAAAAGUGAUCUUCAAAAUGAAAAUGAAUAAAAUUUUUUUGGAUUCUUAACAAAUUAAUCAUAUUUGUCGUAACCUAUUACAUAAUUUUUCCCAA